AGUUUGCAUCACUACAUUAAAGCGAGUUAGUGGUAACUGUGGACCUUGCUAUCUGGGGCUGACAUAGGGUCGUCAGUCUCGCUGGUGAUGUUGUACCUUUAGUUUGGAAAAUAAUUCUAUCGUGAACUGUAGCGUUAUGAAUAAACCAGGAAAAAGAUCCACGAAAGAGGCACAGCAUGAAACAAUAUACGGGAAACAGAGUAGCGGUGACUUACAGAGUCGGUUAAAGACAAGAAAACUGCUCGGUGUAGGAGAAUGCGAAGAUGGCUCCGUACCACUAUCAAAGAUUAGCCAAAUACUCGGCAGUGACGAUCAUUAUAUUAUCAACAUGCCAGCUGGAUUAAGGCUAUGGCAAGUGACAACUGCUGUAGUAUUUACUUCAGUCUCGCUUCUGAGUAUCUUCUUUCCGGUGACUAUCUUUAAUAUGUUAUUCUCCAGCGGCUGUGGCAAUGAUGCCGUUCUACCACUCAGGCUCUUUGGGGCUGCGCUUAUCUGUCUUGCCUUGUUAUUUUGGAGUUCAGUAAAGUCAGUCAGUCGGUAUAUCAUAAGAUGGACAUUAUUAGCCGAGGUCCUUUAUCUCUCAAUUCAGGUUAUGGUUGUUUGGUUUACCCUCUGGGACACGAACCACUUCUCAUUUCCUAGCCUCUUAGUCGUGGUAACCAUGGUAAUGGCGAUCAUCAUAAGUCUUUAUUUCUACUCCAUCUUGGCCGGUAUCACCUUCAAGACCUUACUCAAAGGAAGAGCUCUUUUCGCAGAUUUCACGCAAAACGACAAAUUCGACUAGUCUGUGUUUCGUUUAAUGUACCAAAGAAUAUGAGUUAAGGACCACACUUUAGGGGGUCUGUUGCAAGAAAAUAUUUGCAACCAAUUGCAAAUAUUCUGAUGCAAUUCUACAACAGAAAGAUAUUAAAGUUGUUAGCAAAUCAGAUUACACUCCAUGUUGCCAGAGCAUGUCAACGCCCAAUCGCAAAUUUGCAAUUAAUUGCAAGACAUAUGAUUGAUUUAAGAACAGAAAAUUUAUUUGCAAUUGAUCGCAAGUUUGUUGCAACACUCCAUUAGAUAUUAUACAAAUAAGGAAUGUUUAUGAGUGCAAUGAACAGAAUACUUCAUGAGGUGAAAGAUGAAAUGGUCCAUUCAACGAGGCGUAGCCGAGUUGAAUGGAUCAUUAUUUCAUCUUUCACCGAUUGAAGUAUUCUGUCCAUCGCACGAAUGAAAAAAACAUUCAUUAUUUGGUUUAUAUGACACCUAAACAAUUUUUUUUUUCAUAUGAAAUUCAUGAAUUUCUAUGCAAAACAUGCUCAUGCAGUGCGAGUUCGGUCUGUUGAUUGUUACGUCAUUACAACACGCGCACUGCUGGUGCAUGAGCUGCAGUCUCGGUGCGCGAGUGCAAUGGACAAAAUCGUAUAUGGAUCCAAAAUUGCACGAUGAAUGGAUCCAAAAUUGCACGGUUGAUGACGUCAUUGCAAAAUGGGCUGAAUGACCGAUAUCAAACAUCCAAUCAAAUCACAAGGAUCUAUCUAGGUGUCAUAUAACUAUUGAUAUGCAUUUGCCAAGUUCCAUUGUUAUUUGUAGGAUCACGAUGUCCUCUUUAAUUAUGAUAGCAAGCUUUAAUAGGUGACAUGCCAUUCAAAUUGCAGCCUAUAGGUUGAAUGGGGUGCUUUUAUAGCACUUAGAUGUAAACCCCAGAGAUGCUGUGCUUUCUAAACGUUUCUAUGAAUCUGUAUGACGGUAAUGUAUAGGGAGAAGCUCCCGAAUGAGGACGGUGUAAUGGUGACAGUGAGAAAGUAGUGUCACAAUAUUAUGACUAGAACAAACUAGUCAAAAUUACUCUACCAAGUGUCGGUGCAGCUCUUAUAUCUAGUCAUGCAUUUUGUCAUUUUUAGAAUCAAACUAUUCACUGUAGUCAAAUCAAAUAUAGGGGAAAAGUAUUUCAAAGCGACCUGACGACGAAAAUAAGAUCUGCACAUAGCUGAGAGUAAUCAUGUUAUUUUGAUACUUUAAAAGAAGGCCUAUAGAUCUAUACAGUGUGCAUUUUUUUUUCAACUCUAUCGAUGGUUGGUUUGAAAGCUUGAAAUUAAUAUUCAUCUUCGGAUGGUUUUUAUCUGGUUUUUUCCUAUGUUAUCAAACUCAACAGUUAUUGUAUUUUAAUUCUUCUUAAUGUCAGCGAUUUGUUUCCACUCUUUGAAGAGCAUAUUGAUCAAUUUGGGUGCAAAGAAUAUAUUUUUUUAUAAAAUCAUCUUCCGAUAUUUCUUACCGGAGAUAAAUGAAGGAGAAACAAUGUACUUAUCAUACGUCAGAUAGAGAUAAUUAUAAUUCCAGUGGAAAAAAUGUAUAGUACAUACUGAAUGCAUGGAGCUAAUCUGAUCUAUUUAUUACACACCUUUUGGAGUGAGAUUUGCAUCUUUUGAUUGUAGAUUUUAUCCCUUUUGGAGUAAUGCGCAGUUCCCUCCAAGGGAUUGGUCCCAACCACUCCAAGAGGAGCUGUGGAUUAGGGAAUAGAUUUUAGCUUUUGGAGCGUAGUAAUAGAAGGUUAAAAACACAAUAAUGGUUGUUGAUUUUAGAGUAUCUAAAGUUGUUUAUUUAUUUAAAGGCUGGAAAACAACGCAUUUCAUGAUUAUGAAGAAAUGAUAUAUAAAUUGAUUCGUAUGUUUAAGAUCCCCCCCCCCCCCCCCCCCAUUUACACAGGUGGUCACCCUUACGCAUGCGCGUCCCUGAUCAUUCGGGAAUCUGGAUAUUCCCUGUUAUGACGGUAAUUCUCCCGUUAUUACGGGCGUUUAGAAGGGAAGCCUGUACAUACAUGAUUUACCCGCCGUAGAGCGGGCGCUAUAGCAAAGUUCGCCAUAUGAAGAAUGCGUGCAGCUCGGGCGUAUGAAUUCUUUUAGGAACAAUAUCAAUAUGAAAAUUUGAGAAAUAUUAGCCCGAACAUACCCAUGUCUAUUAUUAUGGGGGAUUACAAGGUGCUAAAACCCCCCCCCCCCCUCGGAAAAGGGCGUAAAAAUGUACAUUCUCUCAAAAUAUCAAGAACGCGUGUUGGGAACAGUUGACCUUUAAGGGAGGGGGUGGGCCAGGCAAUUCGAUUUUAGAUUAUAGUGAAAUAGUAAAUAAUCACGGUUCAAGCUUCUUUAUAAUUAUGGUUUUAUACAACUUUUUGUGUAUAUGUGUGUAUAUAUUCUUGGGCCGUUUGUUCAUCAUGCUGUUCACAAGUGUGAUUGUGCGAAUGGCUAUUUAUAACAACUGAUCAAGUCAUAAUUGACUAUUUCUUAUGUUUCCUAACGCAAUUCAGGGCCGCGGAUCCUUUUUGAAAGUUGGGGGGGGGGGGGGCUGGACGCCACAUAAUUAUGAAAAAUCACAAUUUGAUAGUCGUCUUCACCUUCACGUUUUUGUACACGUUUAAUGAAAAAGAAAGACUGAAGCCCCCCCCCCCCCCGGUUCUGCAGCCACUGAUAAUGGCGUUCAAUUUGAGUAAAAAAAUAAGAUGAAAAGAGGAAGAUACGAUUUAUUCAAAGGCACUCGGGAUCCAACUUUUCUAGUCAAAAUUAAAGUAAACUAUGUACCGCGAAGAUCUCAGAUUCUAUAUACUAAUAUAAAUUUCGUUCAAUAUUCAUCUAGGUUUCAAAUAAAGUGUUACAAUGAAACACAAUUCGAAAACCAAAUGGAACAAUCAGAACCACGUAAUUGCAUUGAGUGUUUGAGUUCUGUGUAAAUGCAGAUUUUUCUUCGACAUGUUCCUAAUUUUAUUUUUAAUCAAUAUUAUUAUUCUUAUUUGAUUCCUUUUGUUUGUAAUAUAAGCAAGAUAAUGGUGCUUAAUUCAAUUUGUUCUUUAAAUCACUUUUUUUCAAUCGAGUCUGACAAUCGUUUGUUUUACCAAGAACAAUUAUCAUAGUCCUAUUGUGACCUACGUGGGGUAUGGUUUAUUUUGGCAGUAUUCGCUGCAGGAGUUCUGUCAAUUUUCACUAUCUGCUGGUAUAAAGUUGACGAGAUGGAUUUUAGAUUGUGUAUAUAGUGUAGUUACCACGGUUACAUGAACAAAACUUCGCACAUUAUUGAUAUAUUUCAUUCAUGAUACAUCAUUGUCGAAAUGAUAUUGUGCCUAAAAUGUUUAUUAUGAAGGGAAAUUCUUCAUUUCUAUUUAAAGGUCAAGUCCACCUCAGAAAAAUGUUGAUUUGAAUCAAUAAAGAAAAAUCAGACAAGCACAAUGCUGAAAAUUUCAUCAAAAUCGGAUGUAAAAUAAGAAAGUUAUGACAUUUCAAAGUUUCGCUUAUUUUUAACAAAAUAGUUAUAUGAACGAGCCAGUUACAUCCAAAUGAGAGAUGUCACUCACUCACUAUUUCUUUUGUUUUUUAUUGUUUGAAUUAUACAAUGUUUCAAUUUUUACAAAUUUGACGAUUAGGACCUCCUUGCCUGAAACACAAAAUUUUAAAAUAAUGGAAUUCCACGUGUUCAGGGAGGAAUAAAACUUCAUUUCACUUGACAAUGACGAGAAAAUAAAAAUAUUUCAUAUUUCAUAUAAUGAAAUACAAAAGAAAUAGUGAGUGAGUGAUGUCAUCGGUUCCUCAUUUGCAUACCGACCGAGAUGUGCAUAUAACUGUUUUGUGAAAUGAAGCGAAACUUUAAAUGCCAUAACUUUCUUAUUUUACAUCCGAUUUUGAUGAAAUUUUCAGUGGUAUGCUUGUUGAAUUUUUCUCUUUUUAUUCAAAUCAAGUUUUUGUUGGAGUGGACUUGUCCUUUAAUGAUACAGUAUAUACGUAUUAUUAUUAUGUUUGCUCUUUGACGUAAUAUUUUUGUCUUUUUACAUUUUCCAUGAAAAAGUAGGCAUAUGACAUUGAUAGAAAUUAGAAAGCAUAAAUUUCAACAAUAGUGACUUCGUCACCUAGUCAUUACGAGAUAAAAUGAUCUCCGGGAAUGUCCCGCCCCUCUCUGAAGUACGCUUGCGCGUAGAUAAAUUUGCCAUUCUUCAAUUGCAUUCAAUGUAGAAACGACAUAAUUAUAAUUAAGAUUGUUUCGCUUAGAACUUACUUUUGAAAAAACAAAACAAUAUGAACAAAAUAGUUGUGUGUUGGUGUUUUUCCCCCUUUUUUGAAUAAGUGGCAACAUUAAUGUAUAAAAACGUUGCGAACAUCAUAGUUGUCAACUACGGAGCGAAGCUGCUGAGCUCAUCAUUGCAUUUUAUAUACGCUUACUUAUGUGCACCACUAUUUCGUGCUGAGUAAAAGGUUAAAAUGUUAUUUUAUGAAUCCAUUUCCAUUUUGGCAUUUAGACAGCCUAGCUUCAUCAGGAACAGGGGAGUUAUUGAUUACUCGCGUCCUACUUUACAAGUGUAUCUCCAAAAAUAAUCAUAAAUUUACAUUAUUUCUUAUAUAUUCUAUAUCAAACAGCCUUAAUAGUGAACUGAAAAUCAACUUGAAAAAGAAACAAAUAGGUACGUUUGGUCCUUUUUUUACCAAGUAUAUCAAAAAUAUUUCAACUACCCCAUUAUUCUUUCUUUAUGAAUGUGCAAUAUUGCUGAAAAUACAUAUUAUUGAACUGAAGAAUUUUCUUUCUCUUUUUAUAACUUAUUUUUCACGAUAUGAUAAUGUUAUUGUGUACUACCACUUUAUCACUGCACAUUCAGUUUGUUACAGUCUUGUACAAGUAUAUAGAUUUAGAUAAUAAAACGAAACUCACAACCAA